CGUUGUAGAUACAACCCAUAAAAGAAAGAGGGCUGCAACUCCUGCCGUUCGUUGGCCGCAAAUUCAAGAUGAUCCUGCUUUCCGGACUUGUGCCCCUCCUGGGCGUCGUCCUUUUGCACCUGGUGAUCCCGACCCAGGCGUUCUAUCUGCCCGGAUUGGCGCCGGUUAAUUUCUGCAAGAAAACCGAUGUCUCCUCCACAUGCAAGUCGGAAAUCCUAUUGUACGUGAACCGCUUGAACACCGAGGAAUCCGUAAUACCCUAUGAGUACCAUCAUUUCGACUUUUGCUUGGGGGAGGAGCAAAACUCUCCAGUGGAAAAUCUGGGACAGGUGGUGUUCGGCGAGCGAAUUCGUCCAGGACCCUAUAAAAUUCAGUUCCUGGAGAAUCAGCAAUGUGCAAAGACCUGUGUCAAGACAUACAAAGGUGACGAUCCAGUUAGCAACCGCCGUAUGAUGGUCCUCAAGAAGGGCAUCAGCUUGAAUUACCAACACCAUUGGAUUGUGGACAACAUGCCGGUGACCUGGUGCUAUCCGCUGGAGAAUGGCAAGCAAUACUGCGGAAUCGGAUUCCCCAUGGGUUGUCUUGUUCGCAGCGAUGGCGAGGGGUGUCCCAUCAACUCCAUAUACAACCAGCCCAUGCAUUACUAUCCCUUCAAUCAUGUGGAUCUAGAGAUCACCUAUCACAGCGGACAAUCGGAGGACUGGGGAAUUCAGUUCGGCAACAGUGGACGAAUUAUCUCCGUAAAGGUUACUCCCAAAUCGAUCAAGCAUACGGAUCCCGAAAACCCCAACUGCUUGAGCACUGAACCGCUGGCAAUCAGUGAGAAUUCCUUAAAGGCUGGCGAGCAGCUCAAUAUCGUCUACACGUAUAGUGUUAAAUUUGUGAAGAACGAUGCUAUCAAAUGGUCGUCCCGUUGGGACUACAUUCUGGAAUCCAUGCCGCACACCAAUAUCCAAUGGUUCUCCAUUCUGAACUCCCUUGUGAUUGUUCUGUUCUUGAGCGGCAUGGUGGCCAUGAUUAUGCUGCGGACUCUGCACAAGGAUAUUGCCCGCUAUAACCAGAUGGAUAGCGGCGAGGAUGCCCAGGAGGAGUUCGGCUGGAAGCUGGUCCAUGGAGAUGUGUUCAGGCCGCCGCGCAAGGGCAUGCUGCUGUCGGUUUUCCUGGGUUCUGGUGCGCAGGUGCUGGUUAUGUCCAUGAUCACCUUGGCCUUUGCCUGCCUGGGUUUCUUGUCGCCAGCCAAUCGCGGUGCCUUGAUGACUUGCUCCAUGGUCUUGUUUGUUUCACUGGGAACACCGGCUGGUUACGUGUCUGCGCGUAUUUACAAGAGUUUCGGUGGCCUGAAGUGGAAGAGUAAUGUAAUCCUUACCUCGAUUGUUUGCCCUGGUGUGGUCUUUUCACUGUUCUUUGUGAUGAAUCUGGUGCUUUGGGGCGAGAGUAGCUCGGGAGCUGUGCCAUUUAGCACACUGAUUGCCUUGCUUGCCUUGUGGUUUGGCGUCUCGGUGCCACUGACCUUUGUUGGUGCAUACUUUGGGUUCCGCAAGCGCGCCCUGGAGCACCCUGUGCGUACCAACCAGAUUCCUCGUCAGAUUCCCGACCAAUCGAUCUACACUCAACCUAUUCCCGGCAUCGUUAUGGGCGGCGUUCUGCCCUUUGGCUGCAUUUUCAUCCAGCUGUUCUUUAUCCUGAGCUCGCUGUGGUCCAGCCAGAUUUACUACAUGUUCGGCUUUCUGUUCCUGGUCUUUGUCAUCCUGAUCAUCACGUGCUCGGAGACAACCAUACUGCUGUGCUACUUCCAUUUGUGUGCAGAGGACUAUCACUGGUGGUGGCGUUCCUUCUUAACGUCCGGUUUUACUGCUGUCUACUUGUUCAUCUACUGCUGCCAUUACUUUGUGACGAAGCUCUCGAUCAAGGACAGCGCCUCGACUUUCCUGUAUUUCGGCUACACGGCCAUCAUGGUAUUCCUGUUUUUCUUGCUGACCGGAACCAUUGGGUUCUUUGCGUGCUUCUGGUUCAUCCGCAAGAUCUACAGUGUGGUCAAGGUGGAUUAAACAGCAAAAUUCAAUAAGAAGGAGCCCGUGCGAAUGUAUUUUUGUAUGUGUAGCCACAAAUUUACACUUAAGCCUAAUGUGUGUGUGAUUUCUGCGCUGUGCGCCCGGCACAGACAGUUUUCUGUUUAUUAUAAUUACGAUUGAUAUGUGUACAAUAACAUAUAUUUGUAUCAGGCAAGAACCGUGGAGUAACGAAGCGCGCAAUAAUCUUUAAGCAGUAAGCAGCAAUCGAGUUGGAGUUACAGUGACUUGAAGCAUCUUUUGUAUAGUUCACCGUUCUGUUAAUCUUUAGGCGUAAAGUUUAGCAAUGUCCAUUUCCCAGCUCUAGCAACGAUUCCAAAAAAAAAAAACGAAGAAAAAACUGAAAGCCCUACGAAAAGUACUGAGCCCCAAAACGAAGUACUUUAAACCCCGUUCUCUACUUGUAAUAUCAAAGCCUAACAACUGUAAUUAGUGGCUCGUCUUAGCCGUAAUUCGAGCAGGAUUGAAUUCACGUGUAAUAUUUUAAAUACUUUAGUUUAAACUAUUUAAAUCUAACUUGCGACUAAAGAAUAAACAAAACUAUAAAUUAUGAAA